AUGGAUAUUCAAUCUGAUUCAAUCCAAACAUCAGAACAAUUAAGCAAAGACCAAACAGAAGAAGACCAACAAAAUACCUCAAUAGCUGCCACAAUAUUACAAAUGGCUGCAAAUAAUGUUUUUAAUUUAUCAAUGCCUUCAAUGGAAAAUUUAACAAAUCCACUGAUUAAUCCCGUAUUUUUGGCUAUGCUUACAGCAUUAAAUAAUUCUGAUAAUAUUUCUCUUCCUUCUUUUAUUCAAAAUAAUGGAGAAGAGGAAGAAACUAAUUUAUUGUCUUCACUAAACAUUCCUACAGUAAAUGAAACAGAAAAUUGUGCAACAACCUCUUCCCCUACAAAAAUUGAAGAAAACAACAAAAAUAAUGACAAAAGCCCUAGCAAUUCACCCAAACAAGAUUUACAAAUUUUCAAUAAUUCGAGUUCAAAUUCACCUAAACUUGACUUUUCUUGUUUGUCUGAACAAUUUCAAAAUCAACAACAAGAACAACCAUCAGCAUCUACUUCAUUUUUUUGUUCACCUCAAUUACAAUUAUUUCAAUUAUUCCAAGCAAACCAACUUUCCCUUCAAAAUGAUCUAAACAACACCGAAAUUUCAGAAACCCCAAUAAUUGAAGAAAAUCAACAAAUUAAUUUAAAUUCGAAAAAGAGAACAGCUGGAAUUGAUCCCAAUUUUUGUGGAACAAAGCGAAGAAGGACUAGAACAAAUUUUUCGAAUUGGCAAUUAAAUGAGUUAGAAAAUGCUUUUGAAUCUGGACAUUAUCCUGAUGUAUUUAUGCGUGAGGCUUUAGCCCUUCGUUUGGAUUUGCUUGAAUCGAGAGUUCAAGUCAGUUUGGUUCCAAAACAGAAGGCAACAAAAUGGCGCAAAAAAGAGAAUAAUAAUUGUUCAAGUAAUAACCAAUUUGGCUCUCCCAGAAAAGACGAGUUUAAAGAAAAUACUUCUGAUAAUAUUGGAGAAGAAAAAUUAGAAAAUUUUGAAGAAAAUGAAGGGAAAGACGAAGAAAAUCAAAAUAAUAAUGAAGUAGGGGAAUCUUCUACCAAUUCUUUCACUAAGAAAGCUGGUAAAAGUUCAACAUUUUCUGUUGAAUCAUUGCUGGCUGCUUCUAGGCAAGAAAUUAUUUAA